AUGCAAGCGUAUUACCAAAUUGUGAAUAUUUAUUUUCAUCGAGACCCAUUAAAUAUUACUUUCAUAUUUCCUAAGUGUUUCUGUAUAUUGUUAUGUCUGUUUACGUGUUUUUCAAAAACCGUGUCGUUAAAUGAUAUUCAAAAUGUUCACACACCGCGUGUUAUCAAUGGCUGGCCAGCCCAGCUUGGAGAUGCUCCCUAUCAGGUGGCGUUUAAAUCAUUAGUUAAAUAUAAUGAAACACACAGAAGUAGAAGAUUGUAUGGAACAUUUUGCGGCGCUGUAAUCGUUGCCCCUAAGAAAUUAAUCACAGCUGCACAUUGUGUCCAAUCGAAGAAAGACAUCAAAAGCCAGUUUCUUAAACCUAGCGGAUAUAUAGGUAAAAAUAAACUACGUGGCAUAUAUGCUGUGGCCGGCAAUUUGAAAAACCAUGACGUUGUUUCUGUUAUCGACAGUAAAACAAAUGGGCAAUGGAGAUUAUUAUGCAAUGCUUACUAUCCUCGAAGAUAUCUAUUUCCCAUGCACGACAUCGCUAUAGCAAUGACAAGAAAAUGUUUUUAUUUUAAUGAAUACGUCGCUCCUAUACCAAUUGCAUCAACUAAUGUUGAAUAUGCUGGACCAUGCCUAGUCUCAGGUUUUGGAAGACUAUCUAAAGGGUGUAAAACAAGUUAUCUAAUUUUGGCAUAUAUGGACAUAAUGCCUACAUCCUCGUGUAACAAAGCCCAUAAUAGAAAUAUGAAUUUAUUCGUUUGCACUGAUACGAAAGUAAGCGACGUUGCGCAGGGUGACUCUGGUGGACCACUCGUGUGUACAAAUACCGGUGAUCCAGAAGAAGGAGAAAAAGGUUUACUGGUUGGAAUAGUUAGCGGUCAUCGACCUUACGCUGCCAUGCCUGACGCAAUGAGGGAUCAUGGCUUGAUCUACUUAGCCUGCGCUGUAAUGUUCCUCGAUAGGAAAAAAUCGAAAAAAAUAAUAAUAAUGAUACGAGAGGAGUCUAGCAGCAUAUAA